UUUCACAGGUUUGAAUAUUUGCUACCAAACCAUAAUCCAUGCUGCAUUGUGCCCAGACCAAUAUUCCCAACAAGAUACAAUCAUACUUUCAGUUUACAGUAUAGAGCAUGAGAUUGAGAUAGGCCCGACCUCGCAGAAUUGUGAGCAUGGACAAGCCCGUGCGUUUGACUGUAAAAGCCAUUAUAUCGGACAUAAUUGGCACCACCACUCCGUUCAACUUCUUGUCGGAGACAAUCCGAAGCUUGAUGCGCCAGCAUUUUUCGUCCAUGCUGGAGAAAUGUUGGGAUGUGGCAGAAGUUCAGCUUUCCCUCAGGUUACUUCUUCAGGAAGCUGACGGCGAUCUGAUCUCACGUGAUUGUGCUACUGUGUCCGGUGUGCUGGAUCGUGGUCUGCAUGCUAGAAUCACUGAGAUAGCUGAGGAUCAGAUGACCAGUGGCAGAGAAGCAGCAGCGCUGAAAACCCUGCAAGGCCACAUUCUGGCAACCUUCUACGAGGAGGGCCUUUUGGAGGGCCUGGUGUAUGAUGAUGUUUUGCCUGCGUUCAAGUCGUGGAAGGAGUCGGGCAUUGGCGUGAUUAUAUAUUCGUCUGGCAGUACGAAAGCACAGAACUUACUAUUCAAGCAUUCCAAUGUUGGCUCCUUGGUGCCGUACAUCGAUGCUUAUUUUGAUACAACAACAGGGAGAAAGACAGAUCCAGCUAGUUACACUGCCAUCUGUAAAGAAAUGGGCUUCGAGCCGCGGUCAGUUGUGUUUAUUGCUGACAUGAUUGGAGAAGUGGAGGCCGCGCAUGCGGCAGGACUACAGACACUCAUUGCCGAUCGGCCUGGCAACCCGUGUCUGGAUCCUGAGCGAUCGAGGUUUGCUCCCAUCAUUCAGUCAUUUGACGUACUUCAGUUGACACUGGAAGAUGAUAACACAACGGAGUAGCGAUCUCUGGUGCCAAAACUGGCCCGCGAACUGUUCGUGUUCUGGCCCUCUGACCCAGCUCUGUCAGGUCUUGCUGAAUAAACAUAACACAGUGGUCAAGAUUAGGUGAGUCGACUGUACAGGCAUCUACCCCGGUGCAAAUGGUGAUCAGCGACGAUUGCAGAAGAUAUCUACCCCAAUCUCCAUGGUGAUCAAUAGUGAUUGCAGAAGGUAUCUACCACAGUGCCCAUGGCGAUCAGCGAUGACCGCACAGAUUUUGGGACUCGGUCAUAGAGCAGGUGCUGCACUCCAUCAAUAGAUGCUGUAUCUUACACUCCACCUGCCUACUUGGUAGCAAGCAGUUUACCGAGGAUACUCAUCCUUCAACACGUACGGUCAGCGUCUCCAGAGAUGAGUAAUGCCCGUUUGAACUGCUCCAGACUGGGCCAUGAAGAGAAGGUGAGAAGUACCGAACCAUUGCCAUCAUCAUUAUCAUCAUCAUCAGAGGUACCAGGCAAUGUGGAACCCUCCAUUGGUCCAUUGAGAAUCGCGUGACCCCUAGUCAUUGGGUCUGUCCGUGCUUCACCACCUUGCUCCUGUUCUCACUCCCCUGCCCACGAGCACUUGGGCUUGCACGCACGCAUGCGUGCACACACACACACACACACACACACACACACACACACACACAUACACACGCGUGCACGCACACAUACACACACACACAUGUACAACACACACACACGCACACACACGCACACACACGCAUACACACACACGCAUGCACCCACACACUCACACACAUGCUCACAUACGCUUCGUUUGCAUUGUCAUCAAUGUUAUUCGGAGUAGCGCUAGUCACAGACUUCUUUUAGUUUUGUAUCUGCAUUAACACUAUAUUCAGUGAACCCAUUUUUCAUACAAUGCCGAAAAACACAUCAAAUUGCUUUCAGCACUGAGUCAAACCAGUGAUAUUCCUAUCUGCUUUGUUUGUUUGAAGUAGAUAUGUCAUUCUGAAGCAUUUAGUCCUGUCUUGGUUUGAAGCCCCGGAUGCUUUUACUGUAUCAGAAUAACUGUGUGUCUGUGCGUUUAUGCAUGCAUAUAUGCGCGCGUCCGCGUGUGUGUGUGUGUGUGUGUGUGUGUGUGUGUGUGUAUGUGUGUAUCUUUCAACCUCUACAUGUAUUUCUCUCUAGCGUUUGAACGAUGGCGUUGUGAAAUGGCUUGUGCUUGUCCUGGCGCGGGCCUGGAUUUCAGAUUUCUUAUCAAUGGAAACCUGCUCAACCCUCCACGGUCACAAUAUCUGCAGUCAUCAAGCCUAAGCCAUGUGGAGUUUGCUGAAGACGCUGCUCUGAUUGCUCCUAUCCGUCCUGCUGCUGCUGCUGUGUUUUAACGGCGAACUUCAUGAAGCAAGACCAAGCUUGUAUGUUGAGCCUAUGGAAUCCUGGUGACGGAACAGCUUCCGCUGCCUGUUGAGGGGAUGGCUAUUGACCAUGCCUUGUUUGUAUACCUUGGCUGCCUGGUGCCUGAUGUCCUGAUGGCAGGAUGGGUGCGCAGGACGAUCAGCGGCUUGCUGCAGCUUCCCUUGCCCUUGGUGCUAUCAGCUGUCUUUAACGACUGGAAUCUAUCCUAGCACAGAACGCAUGUGUUGUAGUGAUCAGCUUCCUUCACCUGCCUCCGCCUGCCUCGAAUCUCCACGUAACCGUUGUUGCCAUAGUAUUCAGUUGUUCCUGUGGGUCGCUUCAAUGGUCUAACAAUGGAUAUUAUCGGUCAAAUCAUAGGUACGGCUAGGCGAUGAACAUUUCCAGCAGAUUUCUUUACCCGCGGCUUCAUUCAUUCUAUACUUGCAGUGAAAUCUUUGCUAUGACCUAGUUUUCUUACCUUGUCUCCCCGCCCCAUUCCCAUUGUUUUUCACAAUGUGCUGAGUCACACGCAUUAAAGAAGGUGCUACCGCCUGUUUGGGCUGUGACUUUUAAUAAAAUUCAACACUGAUAAGAACAACAAUGGUGGACCCAUCA